AUGAACUCCCUCAAGGUUCCAGAAAGCGGGCUGCAGCUGGAGGGCUCGACUGGCAAGGAUGCCACUCUGCCUUCGCAGGCUUUUGCACUCUCCUUGAGCGAUGUCCUUAUUGAGGACAUGAUCAAAUGCGUGCAGAAUGGCGACGGCAUUCAACUUGCUCUUGGAGCUAACCCUACCUUACUCUACGGUUCUAAAUCACACGUCAUUGCUCCUCCUUCCGACUCAAAUCAAUACGACCUCUACCUCACACGUCCAUUCGAAUCGACUCGAACUGCCGAAAAGAUCAUCCACACCGGCUCUCUGUUUGAAAAGCCUACGGGCGCUACCUCGAAGAAGGCUCAGGCUGGCAAGGCCGACAAGACCAUUGAUGCAAAGGCCGCGAAGUCCAGCAAGAGCGCACCGUCCUCAGGAUUGGACUCUGACAUCGAGGCUCUUCAAAAUGGAUUUGCGGCUCAUGCUGCUUCUCGGGAGAAGGCUCGCGUGGUCGACAAGUUACCAGCGAAGAAAAGCGCAACCAAGACCAAGAGCAAGCUACUCACCACGGCACCACGAUCGAUUCCUCAAUCUCCGGGCCAAGUUUCGCUAGGCUCUAACACACCCAACCCUUCAGCACCACAAGUUCCGGACAGAGCCAAGGGGGAUCGAGCCAUGCUGGUGCAUGAGCUUGCUGUGCAAGACCGCUCCAUCGAUUAUUUGGCUAAGAAGUGGGAAGGCAAGCAGGAAGACUUGGAGCCUGCACUUCGAAAGAUUGCCGAUUACCUCGAGGAUACCAAGAAAUGGUCGCCGAAGAAGAGAACAUGGAAAGACCUGGAUGUUUGGAAUUACGAUUAUGAUACCCAAGAAGUACGACAGAAGGCGAUCGACAACGCUGUUCGGCAAUACGACAAGCAGAGAAUCACCAUUGCUGAACCUGAGUGGGACAGACUGCUGCCUAAGGAGGAGCGAGGAACUGGAAAGAGCCUCAGCCGUGUACAGGCCAAAAUCACAAAGACUAGUACGCCAUCCAUCAAUGUUGAGAUGGCUGACGGCGGCUCUACCCCUCGAGACAGUGGGGAUUCUCAAGAUGCCAAUCGGGCAAGAGUUGGAGGCGAGGCUAUGUCGCGAUCUACCUCCAAUCCUCUUUCUGGUAAGCCCAAGAAGCCUAGUGCCCAGGAGGCUCAGGUCAAGCGUCUCUUGGGUAAAUCCAAGACCAAGACAUCGGUAUCGGUGGCAUCCUCUAAGCCCACGUCCAAAGUAUCUUCUACCAAGGCGUCACCCACCAAGCCACGACCCGCGGCUGCUCCCAAGGCAAACGGUGGAAGGGUUUUGUCGGCUGCAAUCAUUUCCAAUUCAGACUCUUCGGAGGAUGAUGCAGCACCUAUGAUCAAGUCGAAGCCGAAGCCAAAGGCUGCGCCCAGACCAGCACCCAAGGUGAAGGAGACGGUUGUUGCCAAACCCCGACCAGUAAUGAGGGAGCCGAUGAAGCAACAGAUUACAGCCAAGCGACCUCGCGAAGAUGACGAUUCGAGCUCGAGCUCUGGAACGCCCUUAUCCAAACGCAUUAAGCCGAAGCAACCACUUGCUGGUUCCCGACUCAACCACCGACCAUCUGAUGCGAGCCAGAACUCUCGCGGGACGAUCACGUCUACUUCGAUGAAGAGCAAGAACACGUCCCCGACAAAGUCAUCGCCUUUGGCCUCGUCACCACCCACCAACGCUUCGGAUCUCGAGAACGAAGCACCACCUGCGCCAAUUAUCACGAAGAAGCGCAGGAUCGAGGGCAUGGGCAAGGGAUCUAUGACGAAGCGAUCAGCAGCAGCAAGCUUUUCCGAUGACCUCGUGGAAAAGGCACAGGCGUUCAAAGUCUGCUACCAGAAGUACGAGGCGUUGCAUCACGAGAUUUCUGCACUGGACAACCCUUCAAGCAGGAAGCUGGGUCAUCUCAUGGAAAUGAGAGACCGAUUGAAAACGAUGAAGAUGGAGAUUUACAACGAAUGCCCUCCUGGGAGGAGCUAA